AUGAUAUCUGGAUAUUUGUAAGAUAAAUUAAUAGCACAAUCAACAAUUUAGGAAGUUAAUGGGACUGAUAUGUUGGCAACUUUAGGUAUAUAUGAUUAUUAAUAUAGAAAGAAGAACUACAAAAAUCUAUAUGGGUGGAUAAUCUCAAUAACAAUUGAACCCAUUAGAUUUAGUUUAAAUUAGUAGUGCAUUACCUUAAUUUUCCCUUUAAUAAAAUAUUGAUCCAAGAUUAUAGAAUCUUUUAAACUCAAAUUAUUAAUAACAAAUAUCAUAAUUAGCCUCUUAUCCAAAUAUUGAUUUGAUUAAUUAGGUCAAGGUAAUUGAUAUAUCAAUAUAAUUAGGAAUAAGCAAAAGUUGUUAGAAUGCAUUAUUAAGCUUGA